AAAAGCCAAGAACCAUGAGGUCACAAGCACGAGCUGUGACCCAACAACAAACUCCCCUUUUUUAUUUUUAUUAUAAUCUCCCUCUUUUUUUUUUCCUCUCUUCUAUCUUUUUUUUUUUUUCUAUUACUCAUGCAAUUCAUUUUAGAGAUAAAUUCAUGGUCUCUUUCAAUUUCUUGGUUGCUUAUUUAAUAGGUGGAAUCACAUUAUUUCCACUCACCGUCGUUUUCAUAGCGUUACUCUAUAUUCUUUACCGUCGAGUGAUAUUACCACUACAGUCUAUCUUUCUCGUCAAGUCUCCUCAUGAGCCAUGCGGAACGAAUUACAACACCUCAUUACCCACCAAAGAACCCAACGAAGAUACCACUGUCCCCAGUAAUAGUAGUCCGCUGUAUAAAGUAGGCUGGUUACGAGUUUCACGAGACGAAGAACAAGCGCUACCGGAUGCCUCGAUUGGGGAUAUGGUGAAAUCGUAUAUCUCCGGUAAAGUCAGUAAACGAGAAUCAGCCAAUGUUUAUUUCGCCGUCUUGAAAUAUAGCACACUCUAUCUCUAUGACUCUGAAAAGCAAUUGGACAGUAAAGGUGUCAUCAUGUUAAAUACCUACACGGUCAAGACGCAUCCACCGGGUCUACAGGAUUUCGAGCUGUUCUCUAAACCUCAUUUAAUUAAAUUAAGUCAUGCACAAGACGACGAUUUGUCAUAUUAUAUCAACUGCAACCGAUGCAUUGACAAGGAGGAUUGGUUUUUCGCCUUGAUACGUGGCAGUAAAUUACCUUCCAACAACAACCAACAACAACAACAACAUCAACAGGUUGACAAGACUCGGUUUGACCAGACCGCCAUGAAUCAUUUGAUCACCAUGGUUCACAGUGACGAACAUCAAUUUCAAACCCAAUGGUUGAACGCUAUCUUGGGUCGCAUCUUCUUUGGUGUGUACCGUACGGAUGAUGUAAAGGAAGCCCUUUACAAGAAAGUCAUGUCGAAACUCGACAAGAUUAACUCAAAGCGACCUCCCUUUUUAGGAGAGAUCACCGUACGCUCUGUUGAUCCAGGCCAUGCUUUACCCCGUUUUACGCAACCCAAGCUCCUCGGACUCAGUCCCACAGGUGAACUAUCUGCUGAAGCUCACUUGCAUUAUGACGGUGGUUUCCGUAUCGAGAUUGAGACCGAACUCAAGUGGAAAUACUCUGACCUGAUGAGACCCUUAACCAUGGAUAUUGUGUUGGGAAUCACCUUAAAGGAGAUCCAAGGUAAAUUUCUUAUGAAAAUUAAAGAGCCUCCUACCAAUCGUUUUUGGUAUGGCUUCUAUGAAUGUCCCAAAAUGGAAUGGAAGGUGGAACCUGUGGUAUGGGAAAAACGUGUGGGUUACUCUGUCGUCAUGAAGGCCAUCGAGACAAAGAUCCAAGAAUUCAUCAUGGAAACCAUGGUACUGCCAAACUUUGACGAUAUCACUUUUUUCCCCACUCAUGGUGUCGGUGGGAUCUUUGAGACCAAACCAACAUCAGCCGAUGAGCCAAAUAUACCCGAAAUAGCCUCAAAGAGAGAUAAGGUAGAGAGACACAAGCAUGAUGAUGAUGUAGCCUUGUUGACCAGUGCAAAAUCAUUACCUGAAUUAUUCUCAUCCGUUUCCUCCUCCACCACCAGCACCACACAAAACACAUCCAAACUACGAGAUGAAUGUAUACCCCAUGCUAGCUUACCGGAUCCGGUUAUAGCAACACCCAUCACCUCACCUAUGCUGAUACCAUCGGAUGAUGCACUACCAAGGGGACAGAUGGCCAUGUCCGCCAGCCCUCAUGGCACAGACGUAUUCGCUUCCUCCUUGCUAUCUUCUUCACCGGACUCGAUGAGUUCCUCACCUUCUUCUUGCACCAUGGAUGAUUCCCUUCGUACAUUAACCCAGGUGUCUACAGACGAUACAAACAUGAUUGUAUCACCUUCCACAUCCACCACUACAUUAUUAGCAUGUGAUCCCAGCAUCCAAAUCACUUAUUCACAAGAUUAUACCACAGGGAAUGACACCCACGUUGUGAUGGAAACGCCGCAUGUGAGAUUAAGAAAAUCUUCGUCGUUGGCCCUUCUUCGUCCCAAGACAGGUGCUUCUACUGCCAUCAAUGUCUCGCCUGCUAUGGCCCAUAAAAAGGAUAUGGAUUCCAUCUCUAAUGUCGUUUCUCUUUAAAUAUCAUUUACCCUUUUUUGUACCUAUAACAUUUUCAAAUAAAUAUACAUAUUAAAAAAAAAAAAAUUAUCGUUUGAU